AUGGAGGGGCACAACCUCACCAUGGUGACCGAGUUCAUCCUGCUGGGAGUCACAGAUCGCCCUGAGCUGCAGGCUCCACUCUUUCUCCUAUUCCUCGUCAUCUACCUGAUCUCUCUGCUGGGCAACCUGGGCAUGAUCAUCCUCACCCAGGUGGACCCCGGGCUGCAGACUCCCAUGUACUUUUUCCUCAGACACCUGGCUCUCGUGGAUCUUGGCUAUUCCACAGCCGUGGGACCCAAAAUGUUGGAAAAUUUUGUUUUACAUCCAAAUACAAUCUCUUACUAUUGCUGUGCUGCCCAGCUUGCUGUAUUUCUUCUGUUUAUUGGUAGUGAGCUUUUUAUUCUGGCUGCCAUGUCCUAUGACCGCUAUGUGGCCAUCUGUCGCCCCCUCCUCUACACCGUCAUCAUGUCCCAAAAGAUAUGUUGGGUGCUAGUGAUGAUUUCCUAUCUCUACUGCACAUUUGUGUCACUUCUGGUCACCACCAAGGUUUUCACUUUGUCCUUCUGCAGAUACAAUGUGAUCAGUCAUUUCUACUGUGACAAUCUCCCACUGUUAUCAUUGGCCUGUUCAGAUACACACGAAACUGAGAUGAUUAUUUUGUUAAUUUCAAGUGUGAGCUUGAUUUCCUCUCUUCUCGUUAUCCUAAUUUCUUAUCUGCUCAUCUUUGUAGCCAUUCUCAGGAUGAAAUCUGCAGAGGGCAGGCACAAGGCCUUCUCCACCUGUGGGUCCCACCUCACUGUGGUCACCGUGUUCUACGGGACCCUGAUAUUUAUGUAUUCGCAGCCCAAGUCCAGUCACUCCUUUGACACAGACAAAGUGGCUUCCAUAUUUUACACCCUGGUCAUCCCCAUGUUGAAUCCCUUGAUCUACAGCUUGAGGAACAAAGAUGUAAAAGGUGCCCUGCAAAGAUCACUGAGAAAACUAUGCAAUAUUUUUUCUUAA